AUGGCCCGCACGAAAGGAUUCAAGGAGGAGCAUCCCUUCGAAAAACGGCAAGCAGAGGCUGCACGCAUCCGUGAAAAGUACCCGGACCGCAUCCCUGUGAUUGUGGAGCGUGCAGACAAAACCAACAUCCCGGACAUCGACAAGAAGAAGUACCUGGUCCCCGCCGACUUGACAGUGGGCCAGUUUGUGUAUGUCAUCCGCAAGCGCAUUCGCGUGUCUCCAGAGCAGGCCAUCUUCAUGUUUGUACGCAACGUGCUGCCGCCCACGGCGGCGCUGAUGGCGGAUGUGUACGCCGACCACAAGGACGAGGACAACUUCCUGUACAUCACUUACAGCGGCGAGAACACGUUCGGUUAA